AUGUCUGUCAGAUUUCCAUUACCCUCGGCGGCCGCCUACCUAGAUCGCGACGACUACACCACCAGCACCGACAGCGGAUCCGACGAAGAACCCGUGCGGCGUCGACCUGUCAUUGCACAAGUACCUGUAGUCCUACCUAAAAUGCCUAGAAAGAAGCAGCAAGCUCCUCAGGAUGCCAUUGAUGAGUUUUGGAGCAAGUUCAAUACAAAGACUCCAGGCAAAGCCACCACUGUCAUACCUCACAAUUCGUACAUUCGACGUGCCGCCAAGCACGCCCGCAAGACGGGAAUCACCACCAAAGCAUCAUACGAAGAAGCCGCCGAGGUCUGCAAGGCCAAGGUCAGCAAAAUCGUCAAAGAGUGUCGCCGAAUAAAUCAGAAAUAUCGUGAUCCUCACUUUGACUUGGAAUGGGACUUGAAAUGGGGCAAGCGGGACACCCUGGAGACGCUGCACAAUGUCAAGGAUCCCGACCCAUCGGAAUUCAAACCCAAGAGUGUCAAGCGCGUUCCUGACAUCUUUGAUAAUCCUCAGUUUUACAUUGAUGGCCCAACCGCCAGUGAUGUACGACAAGGAAGAGAUGGCGACUGCUGGCUCAUGGCUGCGCUGUGCACGCUCAGUAACAAACCUAGAUUGAUUGAACGUUGUUGCGUGGCUCGCGACGAGCAAGUCGGCGUGUAUGGAUUUGUCUUUCACCGAGAUGGGGAGUGGAUUUCUGAAAUCAUUGACGACAAGCUCUUUCUCACAAAGCCAGACUUUGAGGAGAGCUUUUUGGAGCGCAUGCUGUGGGAAGAUCGAGAACGCGUCGAAUCGGAAGAGCAAUACCGCAAAGCCUACCAGAGCGGCUCAGGGGCACUAUACUUUGCCCAGUGCGUCCAUCCCGACGAGACCUGGCUACCCUUGCUGGAAAAGGCCUACGCCAAGGCCCACGGUGACUAUGCCGCCAUUGAGGGAGGGUUCACUGGAGAGGGGAUUGAAGAUCUCACUGGUGGUGUCACCAGCGAGAUCUACACCAAGGACAUUCUCGACAAGGAAUAUUUCUGGAAGGAAGAACUCAUGAAGGUCAAUGAUGAAUUUCUUUUCGGUUGCUCCACCGGCAUGUGGGGUAUUGGUUGGGGAGAUCGUAGGGGUAUCGUCGAGUUGCAUGCUUAUUCUAUCAUGAAAGCUGUCGAGAUUGAUGGUCAUAGACUUUUGCUUCUAAAGAACCCGUGGGGAAAAGGCGAGUGGAAGGGCCCGUGGAGCGACGGCUCCAAAGAAUGGACGGCCGAGUGGUUGGUGAAACUCAACCAUCGCUUUGGCGACGAUGGCGCAUUCUGGAUCUCAUACUCAGACCUCCUUCGCAAAUUCCAGGCCUUUGAUCGUACGCGUCUCUUCAACACUGACUGGAAAAUUACAUCUUUAUGGACUACCCUUCCAAUUUCGUGGACACUCGACUACCACGAAACCCUGUUUGCGUUCUCUAUUACAAAGACCCGUCCCGUGGUGAUUGUUCUUUCGCAGCUUGAUGAUCGCUAUUAUCAAGGUUUGGAAGGACAAUACAGCUUUACGUUGAAUUUCCGGCUCCACAAAGCAGGUCAAGAAGACUACGUCGUUCGAACCAUCAGUCCUUACUGCCAAAGGCGCAGUGUCAAUGUCGAGUUGGAACUCGGUGCUGGUGACUACACAGUUCUACUCAAGGUCAACGCCACGCGCGAUAUGGACAUACUGCCGAUAGAGGAGGUGGUACGCAACAACGCGCGCGAGAGGCGGGACAAGCUUGUCGCAGUAGGCAUGUCGUAUGACCUGGCUCACGGCAAGGGGGUCGUCAUCGAGACCCGUGAAGAGAAAGAAGCCAAGAAGGAAGCAGAGAAACGGAAGCGCGAGAAGGAGAAGAAGGAGCUCCGGGAGAAAUUGAUGGAACAAAAAGAACGAACUUACUACUUUCAAGUCAAGGAACUGAACAAACGCCGCGAGCGCAGGGCCAGGGCCAAGGCGAAAGCAGAGUUGAAAAAGGCACAAAAGGCCCAGCAAGCUCGCCAAGUUGAUGCUGUGGUUGAGACAAAGCCGUCAAAUACGACGCCAAGCAAAGCCACGGAGAAACAUGUUCAGAUUCAAACGCCCAGUCCUACCACUCCUGUUCCGGACGAGGCCGAGUCCAAGCACGACUCGGGACGAGAGUCCGUUGCUUCGGAUUCCAGCAGUGACACAAGCUUUAGAACACCCUCGACGGGAUCCGGAGAGUCGUCUCUCGAAGUUGCUGAGGUUCCUGAGCGUUUCCAGGCCAAGAUCGCUGCAGCAGACACUGAAAAUCCAACUAAAAGUCCGGAAGAAGCUGUUCAGAGUCCUCCAAGCCCACCGGAAAAGGUACAAACCGCAGAAAAAGAACGAUCUCUCGGCGAAGACAAGACUGCGUUGGAUCAGAAGGCUGCCUCUGAACCAACUCGCGCCAUUGCCAAUUGUCCAAAGUGCGCCACGAUUCAGCCCGAAUCUGAGGAUGACUCAUCUUCUGACGAGUCCGACAUUUCAUCCGUAUCUGAUAUUUCGGACCGAGUUCUAGAAUAUCAGCUAGAUAGCCGGCCAAAGCCUCCUCCACCCCCUCCGGCACAGCCGCCAGUUCCACACCCUGCCGAGCCAGAAGACGAAUUUGAGAGCAAUCCCUGGAAUGCCAUGGCGACUGUUGGUUUAAGAGUCUAUUACAAGGGUUUUGACGACGACAAAGACGAUGAAAUUGUCAAGCUCAAGGUGGUUCGCUCGAUCCCACAUGCCGAAAGACAUUCGAACAAGGAUAAGCCUGACAAUGGAGAUGCCAAGGACAUCGAGGUUGAUAAGGACACCGAAACAGUCAACAGUGACGACCGGGACGGAGCCGGAGGUGAAGUCGAGCUUGGACUCGACGUGGAUGAUUCUGCCAAGGAUGCCACUCUGGUAGGGGAUCCAGAGCGCAGAAGGAAGAGUAUUGUGCCAGCCUGA